AUGUCCAAGUCAUUCCAGCAGUCAUCUCUCGGUAGGGACACGCAGGGUCAUGGGCGUGACCUGUCUGCAGCAGGAAUAGGCCUUCUUGCUGCUGCUACCCAGUCUUUAAGUAUGCCAGCAUCUCUUGGAAGGAUGAACCAGGGUACUGCACGCCUUGCUAGUUUAAUGAAUCUUGGAAUGAGUUCUUCAUUGAAUCAACAAGGAGCUCAUAGUGCACUGUCUUCUGCUAGUACUUCUUCCCAUAAUUUGCAAUCUAUAUUUAACAUUGGAAGUAGAGGUCCACUCCCUUUGUCUUCUCAACACCGUGGAGAUGCAGACCAGGCCAUUAACAUUUUGGCCAGCUUUGGUCUGUCUGCUAGAGACUUAGAUGAACUGAGCCGUUAUCCAGAGGACAAGAUAACUCCUGAGAAUUUGCCCCAAAUCCUUCUACAACUUAAAAGGAGGAGAACUGAAGAAGGCCCUACAUUGAGUUAUGGUAGAGAUGGCAGAUCUGCUACACGGGAGCCACCAUACAGAGUACCUAGGGAUGAUUGGGAAGAAAAAAGGCACUUUAGAAGAGAUAGUUUUGAUGAUCGUGGGCCUAGUCUCAACCCAGUGCUUGAUUAUGACCAUGGAAGUCGUUCUCAAGAAUCUGGUUAUUAUGACAGAAUGGAUUAUGAAGAUGACAGAUUAAGAGAUGGAGAAAGGUGUAGGGAUGAUUCCUUUUUUGGUGAGACCUCGCAUAACUAUCAUAAAUUUGACAGUGAUUAUGAGAGAAUGGGACGUGGUCCUGGCCCCUUACAAGAGAGAUCUCUCUUUGAGAAAAAGAGGGGCGCUCCUCCAAGUAGCAAUAUUGAAGACUUCCAUGGACUCUUACCGAAGGGUUAUCCCCAUCUGUGCUCUAUAUGUGAUUUGCCAGUUCAUUCUAAUAAGGAGUGGAGUCAACAUAUCAAUGGAGCAAGUCACAGUCGUCGAUGCCAGCUGCUGCUUGAAAUCUACCCAGAAUGGAACCCUGACAAUGAUACAGGACACACAAUGGGUGAUCCAUUCAUGUUGCAACAAUCUACAAACCCAGCGCCAGGAAUUUUGGGGCCUCCACCUCCCUCGUUUCAUUUGGGGGGACCAGCAGUUGGACCAAGAGGAAGUCUGGGUGCUGGAAAUGGGAACCUGCAAGGACCAAGACACAUGCAAAAAGGCAGAGUGGAAACUAGCCGAGUUGUUCACAUCAUGGAUUUCCAGCGAGGGAAAAACUUGAGAUAUCAAUUAUUACAGCUGGUGGAACCAUUUGGAGUCAUUUCAAAUCAUCUGAUUUUAAACAAAAUUAAUGAGGCAUUUAUUGAAAUGGCAACCACAGAAGAUGCUCAGGCUGCAGUGGAUUAUUAUACAACCACACCAGCAUUAGUAUUUGGCAAGCCAGUGAGAGUCCAUUUAUCCCAGAAGUAUAAAAGAAUAAAGAAACCAGAAGGGAAACCAGACCAGAAGUUUGAUCAGAAGCAGGAGCUUGGACGUGUGAUACAUCUCAGCAACUUACCUCAUUCUGGCUAUUCUGACAGUGCUGUACUUAAGCUUGCUGAACCUUAUGGGAAAAUAAAGAAUUAUAUACUGAUGAGGAUGAAAAGUCAGGCCUUUAUUGAGAUGGAGACCAGAGAAGAUGCUAUGGCAAUGGUUGACCACUGUUUGAAAAAGGCCCUUUGGUUUCAGGGGAGAUGUGUGAAAGUUGACCUGUCUGAAAAAUACAAAAAAUUGGUACUAAGGAUUCCUAACAGAGGCAUUGACUUACUGAAAAAAGAUAAAUCCCGAAAAAGAUCUUAUUCUCCGGAUGGCAAAGAAUCUCCAACCGAUAAGAAAUCCAAAACUGAUGGUUCCCAGAAGACUGAAGGUACAACUGAAGGUAAAGAACAAGAAGAAAAGACAGGUGAAGAUGGUGAGAAAGAUACAAAAGAUGACCAGGCAGAACAAGAACCCAGCAUGCUUCUAGAAUCCGAAGAUGAAUUACUGGUAGAUGAAGAAGAAGCAGCAGCACUACUAGAAAGUGGCAGUUCAGUGGGAGAUGAGACAGAUCUUGCUAAUUUAGGUGAUGUGACUUCUGAUGGGAAAAAGGAACCUUCAGACAAAGCUGUGAAAAAAGAUGGAAAUGCGAGUGCUUCAGCUGCAAAAAAGAAGCUUAAAAAGGUGGACAAGAUCGAGGAACUUGAUCAAGAAAAUGAAGCAGCGUUGGAAAAUGGGAUUAAAAAUGAGGAAAAUACGGAACCAGGUGCUGAAUCUGCUGAGAACGCUGAUGAUCCCAACAAAGAUACAAAUGAGAAUGCAGAUGGCCAAAGUGAUGAAAACAAGGAGGACUAUACAAUCCCAGAUGAGUAUAGAAUUGGACCAUAUCAACCCAAUGUUCCUGUUGGUAUAGACUAUGUGAUACCUAAAACAGGGUUUUACUGUAAGCUGUGUUCACUCUUUUAUACAAAUGAAGAAGUUGCAAAGAAUACUCAUUGCAGCAGCCUUCCUCAUUAUCAGAAAUUAAAGAAAUUUCUGAAUAAAUUGGCAGAAGAACGCAGACAGAAAAAAGAAGCUUAA